AUGGUAGAAAGAAAAAUCAAUCAAGUAGAGAGUUUGUUGAGAAAACGGUUGGCAGAAAAGAGUGAGAAUUUAAUAAGUGAUGAUGAUGAUGAUGAUGAUGAUGAUGGCGCUGAGAAUGUCUUUUAUGAACCCUUACAACAUUUGAAAGAAGAUCUGCAGAAAUCAAUUCACGAUAGAUCAGGAGCGUAUGAAGAAUUUUUAGAUCAGUAUCCCAAAGUAGCACAAGAGUAUGUAGAUAGAUACUAUAAACAAUCAGAUGAAAUAGACCAUUCUUAUGGCUUGAAACAUGAUAUGAAAACCGAUGAUUGGUCUAUGGGAUCACAAAAAGUCAACUUUCUCCCGAAUGGAGAUAUUAAAGUCGGGGCUGUAUCUUAUAAAGGAACGCAGGGCUUAUAUGAUCUUUUAUUUCUGAAAAAGCCGAUCUAUCAGACAGAGGAUGAUAAGUUGCAGUUUACGGAUAUUCUAAACAGGACCAAUGUUCAUCGAAGAGAUUUUGAUCCAUCCAAACAAGUUAAAGGGUCCACAUCUUCAAAAUAUAGACAGUUUGUUAAACCUUUGGUCUCAUCAUCAUCUGAAGCAAAAAGGCUUAAAUCAACAUUGUGGAAGGAAGUGUCCUGCAUCUUGAAUGCUGUUCCUGGAGGAGCCAAUAAGGACUGGAAACAGUGGAGAAAGGCAUGGACAGAUAUUAAAAAAAAUGUUAAAAGCAGGAUAAGCAAAGAAAAGCAAUACAGCCAAGGAACAGGAGGUGGUCCUCCAUUGCCCCCUCCGGAAGAAAUUGAAAAAACAACUGAAGAAUAA